AUGUUCACAUUGGAAAAGUCAAAACUUCUUUGGAUCACUAGGCCUUCGGACAGUGCCAUUAUCAAAAUUCAGAGUUGUUUAUCGCCUAGUGAUCCGAAGAAGUUUUGCCUUUUCACGAGGUGUUUGGAAAUUUUGGAAGAUCAGGCUUCUUGUGCACCUAAUGUUCAUUUAAUUUUCGGAAGAUUGUGUCCAGUUUGUUUAAUCAUAAUUCAGACAAAUCAUUUUGGUGUAAGAUCGUCAAGCUAUACCUAG